GAUAUCGGCCCAUCCCUAGCUCACGCCGAAUGCGUGAGAGUUUUAGCGUGAGAGUUGAGAGGUCUGCCUGGUAUACAGAAUUCAAGAAUUGAAAAACAUGUCUUUGUGGUGACGAAUGGGGUCCGAGAAGUAAGUAACGAUGCUUAUAAAGUUUGAAAAUAAGACUGAUCAAUGGUAAGCUAGAUUUGUAAGUUUGUAUGACAGCAAAUAUAGCACGUAUAUUAAACACUGGCAUGGCGCCAUAUGAUUGCAUGAAAUAUCAUGAGUAAUACAGUGUUACACUGAGGCGUAAUAUUAACAUUAAACAACUAGAAUUCCUUUCAAGAAAAUACUGCAAAUCCGGACACAUCAUUUCUAAGGAAAGAUUCAUAUAAAGAGUUCUAUACAUCCUGAAUGCACCAAUGCGGUGGAUAAUAUAUGGCUAAAUGUCAAAUGACUAUAAAUUAAAUUUCUAGUGAAAUAUAUACAGUAUUGUAAGCACCACUGUGAAGUACGCAAGAGAUUCAACAUGACAUUCGUCAACAUGACAUUCGUGAUGGUGUAAAUUCACUCAUUUCCAUCAUUCAGAAAUCAAAAUGAUAAAUUUGUACAAUAUAUGCAAGUUUUUAAUCCUAUGAAAUAGCAGCAAAGAUAUUUGUAUUUUAAUUAACUAACAUGGUGAUGCAAUUCUCGACAGCGUGCGCGAUCUUAACUUAGCCUAUAUAGAUAUAGUUACGUAUUUGCUUAUGGCUAAUAGGCCUACCGUACAGAUUGCAGGCUUGCAGCAGAAUUUUGAUUGUUUGCAGGCCUGAGCCACUUAAGGUUAUAACCAUUGGAAAGAGGAGAUAAAUGUGUACGACAUAUGAAAGUUUUAAAAAAUCAUAUAGAAUAGCAGCUGAGAAAUUAAUAGUUUAAGAUUCUAAUUGGCAAAAUGUAUUUAAUAUUUAUUUGGCAGUGUGGAUAUAGCAGUUAGGAAAAAUCGUUUUGGAGUGCUUUGAGAUACGAAUUUGUGAAUUUGAAUUUUAUUAAUAAAAUAUAGACUUUGCAACCAUGAAGGUUGAAAUACAUCUAUCAUUUACAGGGUUGGUUGAUUAGAAAAAUAUUGUAUAUUUACAAAAACAUAUUUACUAUAAUAUAGGAAGAGUUUAGAACUUCUAGUAUGAUAUUACCAUAAUAUUUACAAAUAAAAAUGUAUGUAAUUUAUAGUUACUCAGUGUUUAUUAUUAAUCGUUACAGACGAGGGAAUGUACGAAUUUUUGAAGCGAUUUGUCCGACAAUUAAUUGGAACGAGUUUAUUCGAUGUGCGUAGAUUGUAGCUUGGAUGUUCGGCUGGUUCAACUAGUUCGGAAAGAGGACUAGUUUGCGGAAGAACCUUUUUUCUAAAAAAAUUUUGAACAUAACAGUUCGCGCCUAGAAUACAAUGUUGGGAUAUUGAGAUCUGAUAAGGAUUCUUUGUAUGAUGACGAUGGGUUAAUUAUUUUCAACGCUCUUGACUGGAUCCUUUCUAUUUCUUUGGAUAGGUAUUCAGGUAUGUUAUAAUGCCAAACUUGGGCACAGUACUCCAAGAUAGGUCUUACACAUGAAAAAUACACUGAUAUCAAUGUUUUAGUGUCACAACGAGCUCGCUUGAGGAGUCUAAGCAUGUAAAGGCGUUUUGCGGAUUUUUUCACUAUGUGAGCCACGUGGUCAUUCCACUUUAGGUCGUCCUUGAAAAUUAAGCCAAGGAGUUUAGCGGAUUUCACAACUUCAAUGGGCUGUUCGUCAACGAUCAUUGGGGGGAAAUUUGGAUUGUUUUUCCAAAAACAAACGAGGAUUUCUUUGCAUUUACGGGGGUUUAAGGACAUGUUAUUUCUUGCACACCACUGCGUAAUUCCUUCUAAAAUAGUUUGAAAGUUCGAAUCUUGGUUUCUUGAAAGGGUUUCUGAAACAGACGAAUCAUCAACAUAUUUCCAUCUAUCGUCCCAAUCAACCAACAAAUCGUUUGUAAUUAAAACGGUAAACUAUAUCAGUUAGCUAAGAUGACCUGUAUGCUUUAAAUUUGUAAUUCAUUUGGGAGAGAAGAAAUGGCUAUAUUUUUUAUUUUGACUUUUGAGUGAUUGAAAUAGUGAAUUUCCUUUUGAUUUUAAAAGACAUACAGAGAGAUUAACCUCCCCCUUUUUAUUAAAAUGCAAGUGCCUGUUGUUUUGAACGUCGCAAAUGCGACCUACGUUCAUGGAGUUAAUCGGCCUUUUCUCCUCUAAUGAUUCACAAGCUCACAUCAAAUUGGCCGCCGAUACAAGAGUUUCUUUGACGACCCAUCCCAGUUCUAGCCUGCGAACAGGCUCUCAAGCUGAAUUCAGAGCCUGCAUCGAUCACUAAUGAAUUUGAAUAUCUGCGUCUCAAAUCGUGACGCGAAAUUCUCAUUGGUCAGAUGCUAUAAUUUAUAUUAUUCCGCUGAGCUCUAUAUAUGUCAACUGCUGAACUAUGCAUAAAAAACACAUUAACUGAUCAAAUUUGGUCUUGGCCAUCUUAUCUCAAAGCACGGAAUGUUUUGUUUUUAGAAAACAGUAUUUAAAACAUAUAAACUUUUGCUUGAAUAUCUUAUAUUUCGAAAAACAGUAUAAACUGUACGGUCUAAAUUUAGUUUGCACGGUCUAAAUUUAGUUUGCACGAAAGUUGUAAACAACACCAUAUAAGGAUAGACAUUCCAUAUUUGGAAAAACGAACGUUACGGGGCAGAUAUUCAAAUUCAUUAGUGAUCGAUGCAGGCUCUCAAUUCAGCUUGAGAGCCUGUUCGCAGGCUAUCCCAGUUCAUUCAUCCUCGAGAGGUUUACGGCUUUGCAUGUUCAUAUCUUCGGUUCAGUGCAUGCUAUGAAGACAGAAAUACCACCAUUCGAUUCAGAAAUAAAAGGUUCAACUAAUUCCUCACUUAUAGUCAUUAUCAAUAUUGUAGCGAUUUAUGGGCCUUUGAAAGUCAAACACGAUCAUAUUGUAUCAAAUUACGCAAUUGUCUGAACAAAAAUAUAGACUAGCCAUACCUUUCGCAGUUUCUUGUAUAUAUGUUUUUAGAAUCUAGCUCGUUUAACUCCUGGUAAUGCAACGUAUUUUUGAGAUCAGCGAGAUGACCAACCAUGUGUAAGUAGCAAAGCAAGAUUAGUACCCGCGCUCUGCGCGCAUGCUCGGGAAAGCAAUCUUUCGCGAAAAGCUCAGUUUAAGGAGAGUUUACGAGUCAUGACUUUACUCAUGAGUUUACCUGCGAUACACGACUUUUUACACACGCUAUACUCGACUUUUAACUCAAAAGCCACGAUAUAAAGGAACAUUUAUUUUUCUGUAUUUACCCUAGAAUACUUUAAAGAAUCCUUCCUAAUGCAACGCAACUGAUGCAAGAUGUCGAAGUCUGAGAAGAUAUUUGUUCCUGUACCGCAGGAGUGCAUGGGGAUUGUUAUUGGAACUGGUGGAAGAAAUAUAAAUGAAAUUAAGCGAGAGACAGAUACGAGGAUUACAUCUUGUAAAGGAGUCAACUCCGGGGAAGAAUCUGGUUUUACAGUCACUGGCACUGUAGUUGGUUGUGAAAAAGCACAACUGGCUAUAGGAAAUCGUGUAGUAAGUAUCAGUAUCUUAUACAGUUCUAUUUUUAUUCUCAUGUCAGUUCUACGAAAAUCGUACAUAAUGGUAAUUAAACUGACUAAAUUUUGUCUACAAACACGUAAUGACAAAGUCGAUUUAUAAUCUGAAGUUUGAUUUUAGUACAAAAAUACAGGGCGCGAAAUUCAAAACUUCCACUUUAUUACAUGUAAUUUUAUUUGUAAAGUUUGCUCACCUCUAUUUGUAGAAAGCUUUAAUUGUUGUAUCAUUUAGUAUAGAGCUAGAAUGCGCAAUUAUUCAAUUAAACAUUUCACCGCCUUUGUUGUACAUAUAUGUACCUUUAAAUAUAUAGUAAGCAACAAUACAUUAGGUUCUUCUGAAACAUACAGUAGUACUGUAGUACAUAAUUAAUUAAGAGGAGAUUUUUUAAAAACUCGGGUAUUGGUCGCUCAAAACAAAUCAGAUCACAAUGACCGAUUCAGACCAAAUACGCAAUUCUAACAACAAGAUGGCGGUGGUUUUUGUAGAGGUCUAUGUUUUAGUAAGUUUUUCAGUGCCCAAAUACCCUAAAAUGAUUUUUUUGGAGAAAAGCUAAGUAAUUCAUCUUAAACAAACAGUGGGCCCUUUGUUGGCCUGAAUCGAUAGAAAUCAGAGACUUAAAGCGUGACAAUACAGUGUCAUCAUGCAUGUCAACAUGAGUACGAACAACGAAACGCGGAAGGUAAAUUUGUAUUCUUAUUCCUAUUUGGAUAACUAUUUCAUAUAAAACUUAUGCAUAAAAUGCAACAAAACUUUACAUUCUAUUUUUUUUUAAUUCAUAGUUUUGUCAAAGUGUGUGGUCAAAACGUCUACAUUUACAUUGCAUGAAACAUUACAUUCGGGAAUCGAUCAUUUUUUGUACCGUAUAUUUGCACGAAAUCAUGAUAUUUUGCUCCAUAUGUUGAUAUAACUGAACAAUUCCUUGUUUAAAUACUUUGAACAUGUCCGGAUUGUUCAAAAUUCAAAGACUAAUUAAUUGCACAUAGAUUGUCCUAAAAUGUUUCUGAUGUUUUGGGGAAAUUUGAAUAAAUAGGAAAGUUUAUAACAAUUAAUGGUUUAAUACCAGGCUGAAAGUUUAUUAUAAGGACACAAAAUCAUUCCGAAUAUGUUCCUGAACAAGCAAAAUUGUCUUUUAUAUUAAGGAUGAGGUAUGUUAGUUUACAAAAAAAUUAACUUGCUUGCAAUACAUUUGACGUCCGUAAGUACAAUCUCUUACGCUGAAUCGAACGGCGGUAUUUUUAUCCUUACUGCGCCAUAUAAGGCAUUACAAAUACAAAGACAAACGUACUGCGAGUGAUUUGUCAACAAUACGCACUGCGAGCGAUUUGUCAACAAUAUAAUUUCGCUUGAUUUUCAAAGUCCAUAAAUCGCUAGAAACUGUUGUUUAGUAAUACAUUUGACAUCCGUAAGUACAAUUUCUUACGAUUCAGCUAAGAAUCCUCCAUCCAUCAAAUCCAUUACUCUUUAGGCAUUACAAAUACAAGGACAAACGUACUGCGUGUGAUUUGUCUGUCUGUCAGCAAAUAUACGUACUGAGAGCGAUUUGUCAACAAUACAAUAUCGCUUGAUUUUCAAAGGCCAUAAAUCGCAAGAAUACUGUUGUUUAGUAAUACAUUUGACAUCCGUAAAUACAAUUUCUUACGCUGAAUCGAACGAUUGAAUUUUUAUCCUUAUUGCUGGCAUUGGACAUUACAAUAUCAUAUUUCACGCUACAGACUACACUUCACGUUCCACAGCUAACUAUUUCUAGAGACUGUUGUUGUAUAGUUUUAUAUUGACAUGAGACCAAUAUGCUUCUCAUAAAGUAGUUAUCUAUCAAAACUACGUUGUGUUGUUUAAGUUAUAACCUUUUACCUUGGAAUUGUUUUUGGCUCGUUUAUAAUCAGAUUCAGUAUAUCAUUUAUGAUCGUUCACGGGAAUUCGAUGAUCCAAAUUUCGGAUUUUCAGAGUCGUGCAUCAAGAAAAAUACAUUAACUAAACUAGCAAGAAUGCCCAGACUUAGACACAAUGCAAAAUCCAUAGAAAACUGGUACAAUUCGUUGAAAAUGUUAACGGAAUUGUUUGAAACAUUUUGCCCACUCCACGAAAGGCCGCCAUUUUGAAAAGGAUAAAUUGGGUUUAUUAGGCAGCUCAUUAAUAUUCUAUUUUGUGGCUAUCAAUCGGAGAAAAAUGUGAGCCGAAACCUAUACUCGCCAGGGCACAGGUUCCCCAGCGAGUAAAUAUGUUUGAAGAUAAAAAACCCAGGCAAUUUACCAUCAUUGUUGUUAGAGAAUAACAACGAUUUAUAAAGGAAUGGGAGAUCUGGAUGAAGACUAUUUGAAUCGUUUUUAUUUAGAAAAAGUACAUGGAAGACAAUGAAGUUAAAUCUGUUUCACCAGCGGCAUCCUUAUCUCCAACACAUUCAAAGGUAAAUCUAUUUAUGGUGGGAAUACACGUAAAUUACCACCUAAUUUGUAUGUUUUGUUUUUGUUGAAAAUGUGUUUUAAUUAUCUUUGAUAUAUCUUUAUAUAUAUUAUAGUUAUAUAUUUUAGUCCGUUUGUAAGAUUUGUCUUUCAUUGCAUAAAUGGUAAAAUAAAUGCGAAUUUUUUCUUUCAUUUUACAACUGAAGGUGAAUGAUGAUGUUAUAAAACUCGUCCCUGUGCCGAAAAAAUAUAGAGGAUUUGUUAUGGGCAAAGAACGUAAGAACAUAGAGAUAAUUGAAACGAAAUCAGGAACAAAAAUCAAUGUCCCCUUUCGCGGAAAUGCUGAAGGUAAGUUAGAAUCGUUAUACAUUGCGGAUAAACUUUUUGUUUGCAUGUUACUUGCAAUAUAGUUUAAAGGCACAGUUUAGCCUUUUAAAUGAUGGUUUUUAAAGCGCAUUUAGCUCUUUUAAUUGAAAAACUAACUAGGAAAAUCAGUUAUUAAUAAGCAUAAUUCAAGAUUAGC